AUGAAGUUCCCCGUCGUUCUCGCUCUGGCCAGCAUUGUCUGUGCCCUUCCAGCUUCUGAGAAGCGUCAAACCUAUGUGCCAUGCACUGGCCUGUACGGCACGUCCCAGUGUUGCGCUACCGAUAUCCUCGGACUUGCCAACCUCGACUGCGGAAAUCCUCCCUCAACUCCCUCUGAUGCCGACAACUUCAGUGCCAUCUGCGCCGAGAUCGGCCAACGAGCUCGCUGCUGCGUUUUGCCCAUUCUGGAUCAAGGUGUUCUCUGCAACACACCCUCUGGUGUCCAGGACUGA